AUGGGGAAGUUACAGCAGGAUCCAGAAGAGCUGUUGACGGCAUUCUUGUUGUGGGAAGAACUUUCAGGUCACGAAUCGCGGUGGACUCCGUAUUUGAGUCUGCUGCCGCCUUUAUCGUCGAGGGACGACGUCGUAUCGCCGCUGUUUUUCUCCAGUGACGAAGUGGUUGAAGCCUUGCAGGACGAGCGCAUGGUCAAAACGGCAAGGGCGGAGAGACAACGAGCGAAGAAAGCUCACGGUCGAUUCAAGCGUCUGUUUCGAUCUUUCCCAGCUUUGAAAGCCUUGGAAUGGCCGCAGUACGCUUGGGCGCGCUUCCUCGUAAACUCGCGAGCUUUUUCAAUUCAAGGCCAGCGCGUUCUCGUGCCAUUUGGCGACAUUUUCAAUGGGAAGCCUGAUGAUGAUGCUCGUGAGCAUGAUAAUGGUCAGCGCUUCUUGCAGUUGCAUGACCUCCAGUCCAUGGGCAUGACCAUCCGAGCUGAUCGCGGCGCGGCUAAGGGGAAGCAACUCUUCGAAGACUACGGAGACAACAGCAACUACGUGUAUUUCCUGCAUCACGGCUUCCUCAUGGGCGACGGAUGCUUCGACUGUGCGGCUUUUCGUCUUCCUCCACUCACUGACGCGUACGAGCAAAAUGCAGACGACAAGGAGCGAGCGGAAACUUUAGCUGCCAAAGUGCGGGUGCUAUCGCGCAUUAGAGUUGAUGACGCACCUUUGGCUUGUAUUUCUCGAUCUGGAAAACUCGAGGACCCUGGCUUGGUGAGCAUUUAUACGGCGCUGUACAACAUGGAUGCUGGACAAGCAGCAGCCUGCAAUGAGGCCGAAACGUUUUCCGAGUGUUUUCCGCCUGAAUUGAUGUCAACGAUGAACGCUGAGCCUGGGACACAAGAAAUCUCUCUAAUGGUUGACGCUAUCCGCCGCCAGCUCGCAAAUUAUCCGACUACAGUUGAGGACGACCGCCGGAUAUUAGUGCAGGACGGCGAUGUUGCUGAAUCUCGCGACAUCAAGCACGCUACCGCUUUUCGAUUGAGCCGAAAGGAGAUUUUACACGAAGCUCGGUCUGUUUUGGAGCAACAAUUGCAGCACAUCGAGCAAGAAACUGAAGAUGGCGACAACAACUAUCCCUUGGAGCUUGAAUCUACCGAAAUUGAUGAAGAAAGCAGCAAACUCGACAGGUUCCUGCAGUGGAUAGCUCGCCAAGACUUUCCUGUGAAUCAUCUGGAGUUGCGCUACGUGAGUGAAGCGGUGGGUUACGGGACGUUUGCAACCAAGCCGCUCUCUGCUGGAGAUGCGUAUUUGAAGGUCCCUGUGCAAAUUGUCAUGAAUGUGCACUCGGCUCUCAAGUCCCCGUGGGUACGCCAAACCAUGCACGAGCUUCAAAAGCACCGCGCCAGUGUCUCAAGAGAGGAAAUGCUGCUGCUUCUCCACCUUUUGGAGGAAAAAAUCGGCCCGAACUGCUUGCAGUCGCGCUGGAAGCCGUACCUGGACAUGCUGCCAGCCCUCGAGAGUACUCUCGGCUCGCCUUUAUUCUACGAAGAAGACGAAGAGCAGCUCAAGGCGCUCCAAGGCAUCGACCUCAAGUUUCUCGUGGUAAAUUACCGCUCUCGCGUCAGCCAGGCGUUCACUGCUCUAUCGGACACCCUCAAGCGCUCGAGCCACGAUGAAACACUGGCGUGGCUGACCGAAAGACGCUUUCGUUGGGCCAACGCCAUCCUCGACUCGCGCAGCAUUUGGUGGAGCAGCCAGCGCCACCUCGUGCCGCUUCUCGACAUGGUCAACUGCCACGAACUUGGCUCGGACCACAAGCCGCACCACACGACCCUCGACUCAACCGGCCGCCACGCAGUGACGAAGGCGUCGUGGGACUUUGUCGCCGGCCAGGAGGUCGUGGAGAACUACGCGCAGCCCAACUACAUCUACCUGCUCUACCACGGCUUCGUACUGAGCGACAACAGCCACGACUGCGCCCAUUUCCAUCUCGAGAUCCCUCCGACAGCUCGCCAGCGCCAAUUCGCACCAAUGCUGCAGAGUCUCGAGAUUUACGCCUGGAGCUCCGACCUUUGCGUGUCCUUAACCGACGAGAAAGUUGCCAAGUUCACCAAAGUCGCGCUGAUGGUGACGGAUCCGAACGAGGCCUUGCAAUUGUUCGGCUCGGGUGCAGCAUGGCCCAAAUCUGCGGCGUUGAGUCUAGUGGACGACCGACUGAAUCAAUUGCUCACCUCCAGCUGGGAAACUGCAACAACUGACUUCAGGACGCUGUCGAUUCGUCGAUACCGAGAGCAGCAACUGCAACACUUGACAACUUUACGCACGAAGUUGCAAGAGGAGAGGUGA